GACGACGGUUGGACGACGGCUUCCACCGACGUUGUGACCGGCGUGUGUGUGGCUCGUGCUUCAAAAACGUCAUUUCAUCUUUUCACACGUACGACGUAAAGAUAAAUGUAGAUUUAUGUAACCAGUUAUCGCAAAAUGCCAGGAUUAACGAAAUUUCAAAAAUAUGCCAUCUCCGGACUCGGCGUUGUCGGCGGAGCUGCACUGCUUUAUUACAAUGUUUACGGCGGCGGUGAAUCUAUGCAUGUGCUUAACUCCUGGACCACGAAUUUCACUCCAUCUGUACAAUGGGAGCACAAUUGGGAUAGACGUGAGCCAAAGUCCUUGGUCAAACCUGUCAAGAUCAACUCUGAAUCUGAUGAGAAUAGGUACAAUGAAGAUCUGGCUUCGCAAAAAGUGACCGCUACACGUAAUUUGUUCCUUAUACGACAUGGACAGUACAAUACAAAUGGGAAGACCGACUGUGAGAGAAUUCUUACCAAUCUCGGCAGAAUACAGGCAGAAUCUACUGGCUCACGCCUCGUUGAAUUGAACUACCCUUACACGCUGAUCGUCAGAUCGACGAUGAGUCGGGCGCAAGAGACGUCUAAAAUUAUAGAAAAGAAUUUUCCCGAAGUUCCUACAAAAGACGACAGUCUUCUGGAAGAAGGAGCGCCUAUUCCUCCCGAACCACCAGUUGGUCAUUGGAAACCUGAAAAUUAUCAGUUCUUUCAAGAUGGAGCUAGAAUAGAAGCCGCAUUCAGGAGAUACUUUCACAGGGCAGAUCCUAAGCAGACGCAAGAUUCCUAUACCGUACUCGUUUGUCACGCAAACGUGAUAAGAUACUUCGUCUGCAGAGCUCUGCAAUUUCCGCCAGAAGCUUGGCUACGUUUGUCAUUGAAUCACGCAAGUAUUACUUGGAUUAGAAUAUCUCCUUCUGGUAGAGUUACUCUGCGUUGUUUAGGCGACACUGGGCAUAUGUUACCUCAAAACGUUACUGCCAACUAAACUAAUUGUCUACUAAGUAACAAGUGAAACAUCUUCUAUUUUUUAAUCCAUCAAAAUACUUUUAAUUUAAAUUUGAAUACAUUUGUAAAUUAGUAUUACAGUAGAUAGUAUUAAUUAAUUAAUGCAAUAUAAUAUGCAUACACGUAUUACAUUUAUGGGUAUUUUAGAUUGAAAUUUACGGAGGUAUGAAGGUGACUCAUUUCUUUCGUUUUCUUAGGUCUCAUGUUUGAAACGAUAACGUUGGGUUUUAUCUGUUGCAGUUUUUUCUUACAAAAUUUUGCUGAAUCGAUACAUGUAUAACGUUCACCUGAAACUGAACGGCAUCUUUUACAUCAUUUUUUACCGACAUAAUACAAAUAGUUAUCAUUGUUUCAAUCAUUCAAAGUA